CCAUUGCCAGAUUGCCCUAUAUUGCUGUGUUCUUCAUGGCUUCACUAUGUCUUUCAAAUCAUAGCAAAUAUCCUCCAUAGUUCAGCUUUUAUAAUUCUUUUGAAGGAAGCGAAAAUAUGGGGUAUCUGAUAACCACCUGCAACAUCUCUAGUGCAAAGAUGACUGACAUGUAAAGGUUCUGAAGAGUGCCUGUUUUCCCCUGUUAGUAGCUUUUGAGAUCUGAGCUUUUGCCAUCUGUCAUUGUGCUUCGUUAAUUAGCCUGCUGCUGGGGGAAAUAACUCGGCAGAGUAGAGCUCUGCAGGAGAAGUUGGCAGUGAGGGUUCUGCUUCCUCUUUUCUGAGUGUACAAAAAAGGAGAAGCAGUUGACAGAUUUCUAGAACAUCUGUGCAACCAUCAAAAACAGACAUGAAAAUAGAAAUGCAAAAUUAUUUAAGCAGUCCUGCCUUGGUGCAUAUUCUGUACCACAGAAAGAUUUAUUUCCUCCUAAACUGUACAGUUAUUAAUUAUUAAGGAAUUAGUGUCUCGUAUGAGAUUCUCCAGCUUGAAGAUUACAUAUAUUUAAAAUUCUGUUUUGAAGAUGUUAUCCUGGUACGCAGAGGUCUUCUGCUGGUUCAUCAGCUGGAGAUGAAUUCCACACACAAAAGGGCUGGACUCAUCUCUGAGACUUAUUGAACAGCAAACAAAGAUAUGCUUCUGUGUUUCUGUGAAAAACCAAGAUAAACCUGGAAAGCAUAAUGAGACCUCUUAGAAAUAUCUAUGUUUUCGCUUGUGUCUUUACACUCACUCUAUGGAAUAAUAGCCAGCCAACUGUGGAAAAAGAAUUUAUUGCAAAUUUUUCAAACAGUUUGCUAACUAAUGUUCCUAAAAACAUUCCAGUGCAUACUCAUGUAUUAGAUUUGUCUCAUAAUAGGAUCUCUGGACUUAGUAGCUUAGAAUUUAUUUCUCUUUCUAACCUUCGAGUUUUAAAUCUUUCUCACAAUCUAAUCACAGAGUUAGACAUUAGUGUUUUCAUUUUUAAUGAAGAUUUAGAAUACUUAGAUUUAUCUCAUAAUAACAUUUUGAAAGUUUACUGUCAAACUCUUGUACAUCUUAGACAUUUAGAUCUUUCUUUCAAUAAAUUUACUGCCCUGCCAAUCUGUCAGGAAUUUGGGAACAUGUUUCAUUUGGAGUACUUAGGGUUAAGUGCCACAAUGAUACGAAGGUCAGACCUCAGGUAUAUCAUGCACUUGCAGCUGCACACUCUCUUCCUAACGUUAGAAGACUUUUCUCUGUAUGAGCCUCAGAGUCUGACAGCCUUGAAUACAACGAGCCUCCACAUUGUUUUUGCAGCAAACCAAAACUUCAGUUUUCCCCUCUUGUAUGAUGGAAUGUGCACAUCAGAAAACUUAGAAAUAGUUAACUUAAGAUAUACCUUGAGCUACAAAGAUUUUCCCUCUCCUUCUUUAACUCUUCCGGACAAUAUCAAGACCAAAGCUCUGAUGCUUGACAAUGUGGACUUACAAUGGGCUAUCAUUUUGCAAAUUUUCCUGCUUAUUUGGUAUUCACCUGUGGAGUAUUUGACUGUGAGAAAUUUGACUUUUCGGGGAUCACGGAGGGUGCUGAAUGAAUAUGAAUUUCUACCCUUGUUAAGCUCUCGGGAACAGUUAAUGUCUUUGAGUGGGUCCAUGAAAGUUCUAACUUUGGAGCAUGUUCGUAAUAAGGUUUUUUAUUUUGACCAGGGGAUUCUAUACAGACAGUUUUCAGAGAUGAAUAUAGCCAGUUUGACAAUAUAUGAUGCAUAUAUGCCGCACAUGCUCUGCCCCAACAGAACAAGCUCAUUUCAGUAUUUAAAUUUUUCGCACAAUGCCCUGACAGAUGAAUUAUUCCAGGAUUGCAGCACUCUGACAAAUCUGAAAUUACUUAUUUUAAAGAGGAAUAAAUUUGAGAGCCUUUCCAAGGUCAGCUUCAUGACCAGCCACAUGAAAUCACUGAAAUAUUUGGACAUGAGCAAUAACUUACUGAGUCACGAUGGAGCUGAUAUGCACUGCCGGUGGGCUGAGUCUCUGACAGAGUUGGACCUGUCCUCAAAUCAGUUGACGGAUGCUGUAUUUGAGUGUUUGCCAGUCAAUAUAAAAAAACUCAGCCUGCAAAGCAAUCAGAUCACCAGUGUCCCCAAGUGGAUGGCUGAGCUGAAAUCCUUGCAAGAGCUGAACCUGGCAUGGAACAGGCUGUCUGACCUGCCAGGGUGCAGUGGCUUUCCAUCUCUGGAGAUCCUGAACACAGAGAUGAAUUCUAUAGUCACCCCAUCCGCUGACUUCUUCGAGAGCUGCCCAAGGGUCAGGGAGCUACAAGCCGGGAACAACCCCUUCAAGUGUUCCUGUGAACUGCAAGCUUUCAUCCGUCUGGAGAGGCAGUCUGGGGGGAAGCUGUUUGACUGGCCGGCAGCAUACGUGUGUGAGUACCCGGAAGAUUUGAAAGGGAUGCAGCUGAAGGACUUCCACCUGAGUGAGUUAGCUUGUAACACCAUGCUUUUGCUUGUGACUGCUCUGCUGCUGACACUGGUGCUGGUGGCUGUUGUGGCCUUUCUGUGCAUCUACCUGGAUGUGCCAUGGUACAUGCGGAUGACGUGGCAGUGGACACAGACAAAGCGGAGAGCUUGGCACAGCCGCCCUGAAGAGCAGGAGACUGUUCUGCAGUUUCAUGCAUUCAUUUCCUACAGCGAGCGCGAUGCGCUAUGGGUGAAGAACGAGCUGAUCCCCAACCUCGAGAAGGGGGAGGGCUGUGUGCAACUGUGCCAGCAUGAGAGAAACUUUGUCCCUGGCAAGAGCAUUGUGGAGAACAUCAUUAACUGCAUUGAGAAGAGCUACAAGUCGAUCUUUGUGUUGUCUCCCAACUUUGUGCAGAGCGAGUGGUGUCACUAUGAGCUGUACUUUGCCCACCACAAAUUAUUCAGUGAGAAUUCCAACAGCUUAAUCCUCAUUUUACUGGAGCCAAUCCCUCCGUACAUUAUCCCUGCCAGGUAUCACAAACUGAAGGCUCUGAUGGCAAAGCGAACCUACCUGGAGUGGCCGAAGGAGAGGAGCAAGCGCGCCCUUUUCUGGGCUAACUUGAGAGCAGCUAUUAGCAUUAACCUGCCAAUAGCUGAUGGGGAGAGAUGUGGGGAAACAGAUUAAGACUCCUUCUGAUAGAAUUUCUUCUGUUUUUUUCUUAGUGAAGCCAUAAAUACCUUACGAUUUCUUUUGGUUAUCAACAUAUUUAACUUUUUUUUACAGAACCUUGUUUCUACAUACUUGUCUCAGUUGCCACCUAUCUGUAUGAAAAAUCGGACUUGCCUUACUUGACAUCUCUUGACUGAUGCAGAUCACAAAUUUUGGAUUUUGGAUGUGGAUUUUGAAAUACUGUAGUGAAUUUUUCUCAGCAGAAUAAAAUCUGGAGCAGUUGGUAUAGUAAUGUGGAAGCGUGCUUGAAUUGCUGGAGAGUUUGGAGAGCUGCGUUAAUCACAGGGCGUGGGUAGCUCAGUUACAGGGCCUCUUUGGUUAAAAUUAGUUUGCAAGAAAGAAAAUUAUGCAUCCUUUGAAGCAAAUGAGGAGCAGAGUAAUGUUGCUUCUACUAGUAUAAGUCAGCAUGUGAAUAACUGACUUGACUGUCUUGCAUUAAGUUGUGCUAACCUGUUCUUCAUAGUUUUGUACAGUAUUUUUAGUUUGUGGCAAAAUGUGAUUGUGAUACAUACAGAAAUCACCUUUCCUUAUUCUAGUCACAAAAGUAAUCAGAAGUCUCCUGUAGUGGCCCAUAAUCAAUAAAGACAAUGAAAGCAAAAUUUUCAUACUGGCUGCACUCAUUUUUGUAGACUUGGGUUGCAUUUAUUUUGGACUUUUCCUGUUGAAAGCCAUAUUUAUAAGUACCAAAACCAGAGGUUGAUUCAAUGUCAUUAGGGCUGUCAAGGCAUGCAUUUAAUCUUUGUUAUGAGAUGAAUGUUGUGGGGUUAAGGUGGCAGGGAUCUGCUUCCUUGGGUUUAAUUAUAUAAUACUAAGAAGGAGGAAACUCUUGUUUAAAUCUCUUCCUAUACAUUGGUAUAGUAGAUGUCAAGGGUACAGUAUCCCUACACCUUCAGCCUGUUUUUCCUUCCUGGCUGUCUUUCCCUUCAUCAUAAACAGAGACUUUCCUGGGUAAGAACUGAAAGUUGGAGCCACCAAUCCCUUCUUCAUGUUCUUCUUUUGCUGUACUGAACAUUCCCAGUUGUCUAGAUUUAUGCACCAAGUAAUCAUCUCAUAGAAUUCACUAUUUAUUGUCUUCAAAAUAAUAGCUAAUAUCUGAAUUUAUGAAAUUUUUAUAGUAUUAUAACACCAGUGCUUUCUGCCAUGAUCAUAUGUCAAGCUAUAUUGGGUUGCUUGGUUUUCUUGUUUUCUAAAAUGUAGAAGCUUGAUGUUUGGGGGUGAAUCCCCUUAAUAUCUCCAGAUUUUCAUUGAAGUCUGUUAGCUUGCCCUUUUAAUCAGCUGAUUCCAAGGGUCAUCAUGCUGGUGAAAAAGGAGAAAUUUUCAAUGGCAAAUAACUUCUCUGCUAAAAUCAAACUGAUUAAACUAACGGUGUUUGUUGAAUGGGGACAUCUAAUCUGUGCUGUACUUGGACUUAAUUUGACAAUUUAAUAAACCUGUAAU